AUGUCAUUAUGUCAGACUGCUUCAACAAGAUUUACGGGUCAUGAGGAAGAGCUUGAGCGAAAACACGAGACUGAGAUCGAGCUGAACACUAACAUCGUAACAUUUGAUGAUAUAGUUCGAAUUAUGGUAUCUUACGAUAUGGGCUGGAGUAAAAGAGGCGCCGGCCGAAGCUAUGACAGCUUAAAUGGUUUCGGAGCGAUCGUUGGAGCCAAGACAGGCUUAGUACUUGAUUAUGCUACCUGCAAUCGGAAAUGCAAACAAUGUGAUAUGGGACACGAUCCGACAAACCACGAUUGUCGGAAGAAUUUCUGGGGUUCUGCAAAAGCCAUGGAACCUCACGUUGCUCAAAAUCUUGUAAACAACAGCACGAUUCUGAAAUCCCAGAACGUUGAAGUCGGUAUUCUGAUUGGGGACGACGAUAGCUCAACAAUUGCAGCAUGCCGAUCGACGAGCUCCCAUCCUAUAGUGAAAUUCUCGGAUACAAAUCAUACCUCGGGUGGAGUUACAAAAGAAUUAUAUAAAAUAUCAAAUAAACACAAAGAACUGAUAAAAGAUGCAAUCGUAUAUUUGCAUCGUUGUUUUACAUAUGCCAUGAAGACUAACAAAGGAAACAGUACAGCUAUGGCUCAAGCUAUUCAGUGUAUACCAUAUCACGCUUUUAACGAUCAUAGUAAAUGCGGUACGUGGUGUGGAUUUGUCAAAAAUCCAGAAAAUUAUGAUCAUACGAUUAUUCCAGGAGGUUUUCACGAUAAGAAAUUAUUCGAAGAUUUGAAAAAUAUUUUCGAUCGUUUGGCAGCUAACGCUGAAAAGUUUUCUGCCGGAGUUUCUAGCAACGUAAAUGAGAGUCUGAACGCAAGUAUGGCUAGUAAAGCUCCGAAAUCAAGAUGUUAUAGUCUCACGGCUUCUUCAGACUAUCGUUUUGCUAGCACGAUUGCACAGAAAAACGAAGGCGAACAUUUCAUUGAAAACGUUUUCAAAUCUGCGGGCAUGUCACCCGGAAAACAUCAUUACAGGCAUGCGCAAAGAGUUCAGAGGACUGUAAUCGACAGGCGACGUCGAAUACUGACUCCAGAGUACAAAAAAAGACGGUUAGCUUUAAAGAAGACGAGAACGGCUCUGCGCCACAGAAGGGAAGAUCGAGAAGGUGUUACUUAUCAAACAAAUUGUACUCUAUUGGAUGCACCUAAUCCAGAAGUGAAUACUAACAUUAUAGAUCAUACAAAUUCCGAGCCAGAAAUUGACGACGAGCAAUAUCAAUCUAUAGUUUUCCUCGAUCUGGAAACAUCAGGUCUUAGUAAGGACUGUGAUAUUCUGCAAAUUGCAGCAAAAUGUG